AUGAAGAUGCUGAUGUGUGACCGCGGCGUCCAGAUGCUCGUGACGACGGUGGGCGCGUUCGCCGCCUUCAGCCUCAUGACCAUCGCCGUUGGUACCGACUACUGGCUGUACUCGCGCGGGGUCUGCCGCGUGAAGAGCAGCGGCGACAACGACACGAGCCGCAAGAACGAGGAGGUGAUGACGCAUUCCGGCCUCUGGCGAACCUGCUGUCUGGAAGGAACAUUCAGAGGAGUGUGCAAGAAGAUAGAUCACUUUCCAGAGGAUGCUGACUACGAAGCGGAUGCUGCGGAAUACCUCCUCCGUGCUGUGCGUGCCUCCAGUAUCUUCCCCAUCAUGAGUGUGGGUCUACUCUUCCUGGGGGGGCUCUGUGUGGCUGCCAGUGAGUUUUACAGGAGCCGACACAACGUGAUCCUCAGUGCAGGAAUCUUCUUUGUCUCCGCAGGCCUCAGUAACAUCAUUGGAAUUAUUGUCUACAUCUCCGCUAACUCAGGCGACCCGGGCCAGAGCGAUAGCAAGAAGUCCUAUUCAUACGGCUGGUCCUUCUACUUUGGCGCCCUCUCCUUCAUCAUGGCAGAAAUGGUGGGCGUGCUGGCUGUGCACAUGUUCAUCGAGAAGCACCGCAAGCUACGAGCCAAGUCCCGCACCGAGCUCAUCAAGAAAUCCGCCUUCAGCCGCAUCCCCUCCUAUCGCUACCGCUUUCGGCGCCGCUCCAGCGUGCGUUCAUCCGAGGCCCCCAGCCGCGACACCUCACCCCUCGGGAAAGGUGGCUACACGGGGCCUGCCGCCUCUGAGAUGCCCAUGUACACGCUGAACCCACGCGAGGCGGGCAACGCGGGCACCAAACCAGGCGGCGGCAUGGGUGGGCUGCUCAACUCAGAGAGGGAGUUCCUUCAGAGCAGCACACUCACUAAAGACUACAGCAAGGACCCCAACCGCAGGACCACGCCUGUCUGA